AUGCUGGGAGGAGGCUACAAAGCAGAGAGGUUAAGAGUCAACCUCAGGCUUGUCAUCAACAGACUCAAGCUCCUCGAGAAAAAGAAAACUGAGCUUGCUCAAAAGGCUCGGAAGGAGAUCUCGGAUUACUUGUCGUCAGGAAAAGAUGAGCGGGCACGCAUCCGUGUGGAGCACAUCAUCAGAGAGGACUAUAUGGUUGAAGCCAUGGAGAUCUUGGAGCUUUACUGUGAUUUGCUCCUGACACGUUUCGGCCUUAUCCAGUCCAUGAAGGAGUUGGAUCCAGGACUACAGGAGGCAGUUUCCACUCUUAUUUGGGCAGCACCUCGUCUCCAGGUGGAGGUGAUUGAAUUAAAACUUGUGUCAGACCAGCUAUGUGCAAAAUAUAGCAAGGAGUAUGGCAAGCUAUGCAGGACAAACCAGAUUGGAACGGUCAAUGAAAGGCUGAUGCACAAGUUGAGUGUGGAGGCGCCCCCCAAGAUCUUGGUGGAACGCUACCUGAUUGAGAUAGCCAAAAACUAUAAUGUACCGUAUGAACCUGACGCGAUGGUUCGGCCUGAGGUGAGUCACGGACAAGCAGACCUGAUUGACGUGAACCAUGACAAGAAGUCAGGAGGAGGAGGCGGCGGCGGCGGGGGGUUUUGUGCGCCGCCAAUGCCCAUGCCAAUGCCCAUGCCAAUGCCUAUGCCUUUCAACUAUCCGACUCCCAAAGGAGCAGAACCGUUCAAUCCGGCCAUUGGAUCUUACAACAGCUUCCCGCACCCAAUGGGAGGAGGGCAACCCCCUCAGCUGCCCACUUCUCCCCCCACAUACGAGUCUAUUGAUGACCUAAAAAACUCUGUUCCUUCCCAGGCAGUAGGUAAGUCAUCUCCCUCGUCACAAAUAUAUGACAACAACGCUCUCCCAGAACUUCCUUCAGUCCCAGACACACUCCCGGCCACCUCCUUCGGUGGGAAUACCACAACUUCUGAUGACAUCGACUUUGAUGAUUUAACACGACGUUUUGAGCAGCUGAAGAAGAAUACUUAA